AUGGAGAAGGUGGUUUCUUGUCUAUACAAAAGGCCAGAUGCUCUCUGUAGGCUGAUUUGCUUUCCGUGGGCUGGAGGUGGAACUUCUCAACUUUCUAAAUGGGGCAAACUCUUCAGCAGCUCAAUUGAAGUGUCCUCUGUAAGGCUUCCUGGCAGAGAAUCUCGUCUUAAGGAGCCUUUUGCAAAAGACAUGACAACCAUAGUUAAUGAAGUUACAAGUGCUUUGUUAGAAGAACUGCAAGAAAAACCAUUUGCAUUUUUUGGUCACAGUUUUGGAUCUUAUAUUAGUUUAGCAGUUGCGUUACACUUGAAAGAAAAGUAUGGACUAGAGCCGAUCCAUCUUUUUGUAUCAGGGGCACAUGCCCCAAACUCUGAAGCAUUUCUUCUCACGAAAAAAGUACCCAUAGAUGAUGCAGAUGAUGAAGACAUUCUUACAUAUAUACAAAUUUUAGGAGGAACUCCUUCUGAGCAUCUGCAAAAUGAAGAUAUUAAGAAACACCUGAUACUUACUUUCAGAGAAGAUGUCAGAGUUCUUCAGACAGUUUCAUUUGAGAAGGAAGAAAGGUAUAUCCCCUUGUCUUGUGAUAUCACCUGCUUUGAAGGGUCUGAAGAUAAACCACAUGACUUAGACGCCUGGCAUGAUCUAACAAGUGGAGAUACUUCCUUUUACAAGCUUCCUGGAGGUCACUUUUAUCUGUUGGAACCCUCUAAUGAAAUUUUCUUGACAAACCACAUAACAAGAUGUAUAGAAAAUGCUGGUCCAUGA